UUCCACGGCCUGCGCACCGCCCCCACGAGCGACAUGCAGGCGGCCGCGACCGCCGCGGCUCUCGUCGCCGUCCUGGUGCUGCGGGUGGGCACUGACUUCGUGCCCGGGGCCACCGUUCAGGAGCACGUCGACGAGGAGGAGCACAAAGGGGCACCCUGGCUGGACAGCAACGUGCCCAAGUUCGUGGAGCCGCUGCGCAACGUGACGGUGCCGGUGGGGCGUGACGCGGUGCUCACGUGCGUGGUGGACAACCUGUCCACGUACAGGGUGGCGUGGCUUCAGGUGGAGACGCAGACCAUCCUGACGGUGCAGACGGCCGUCAUCACCAAGAACCACCGCGUGGCGCUCACCCACACGGACCAGCGCAUCUGGUACCUGCACAUCAAGGACGUGCAGGAGAAGGACCGCGGCCCCUACAUGUGCCAGAUCAACACGGACCCCAUGAAGAGCCAGGUCGGCUACCUGGAGGUCGUCGUGCCGCCGGACAUCUGGGACAUCAAGACGAGCACGGACGUGGUGGCGCACGAGGGCGCCGACGUCUCCCUCAGCUGCGCGGCCACCGGCUACCCGGCGCCCACCAUUUCGUGGCGGCGCGAGCACGGCGCCACCAUCCUGCGCCGGAGCAGCGGGGAGGAAGUGAAACAGGUGGACGGCGGCCGGCUCAACAUCACCAACGCCACUCGCCACCACAUGGGGGCGUACCUCUGCAUCGCGUCCAAUGGCGUGCCACCCACCGUCAGCAAGCGGAUCAUGCUCAAAGUCAACUUCGCCCCCAUCGUGACCGUGGCCAAGGCUUCCGUGCCGGCGGUCGUGGGCGACCACGCCACCCUGGAUUGCCUGGUGGACGCCUUCCCCAAGCCGGUGGGCUACUGGACCCUGCCGAACAACACGAGCUUUAGUCAGCAAGUUUUGGAAAACACCGCCAAGGAGAACCGAGUGGUUCUGACGCUGAACAUCACGCGAGUCAGGAAAGAGGACUACGGCACGUACAAAUGUUUCGCCAAGAACCCGAAAGGCCUCGCGGAGGGGGUGGUCCGUCUGUACGAGAUAAAACCUACAACCACCGUGCCCCCGCCCACCACCACGACGACGACUACCACGACGACGACGACCACCACCACGACCACGACGCCGCCGCCGCGACAAGCCACGCCACCUGCGGAUCGCAGAAAAGGUUCCCACACCGACAAGGACCUCCCGGACGGCAGGCAAGAAAAGCGGCGGAAAGGCGCCGAGGUGCCGGAGAACAGCGUCAGCAGCAGCAAGAACUCGCGGGAGGCUUCGACGCGCGGCGCGGCCCGGCCGGCCAGCUCCGCGUCCUCAGCCACGGCCUCGUCGACGUCACCGCGCGCCAGAGGCCUCGGCUUGGUGCUGCUGGCCCUGCUGCACCUCGCUGCUCGCUGCUGAGCGCCCCGGUGGAGGCCCUGGGGCUGAACCGCCGCCAGGACGUUGCGUGUUUCGGUGGCCGGCGACGGGUUGGUGGUGCGGGCCGGGACAACCUCGCCCCUUCGUCGCCUGGCACGCGCGGCACGCCCUGGCGGCCCCGCAGUGCGCGCAGGGCGCGGCGCUGCCCAACCAGUCCAUGUUUACAUAUCUCGUGCAGUAUGCUAGUGGUGGCGCCAAUAUAGACUAAUUUGUGCAAAGUGUUGACAGAUUCGGGGGAGUAUUUUCACGUGUACAUAGGACGAAGUGUUGUUGUUUUUGAAUUGAAUGAUAUUGACUCUUGUUUUUUUCGGCCCCCGUUGGAUAGUGAAUGUGAGUGUUGUGUUAUUAGGGUAAUGUAAGAGUGAGGUAAGCUUUUUGAAGCGAAGUGGCUCCUUUGUAAAUAUUACCUUGUAAGUGAGAAGAUUCGCAGGAUCCUGCAGCCCCUGCAAAAUAACUGUUAUAGGACAAUUACGCUACUCUACCCGCCUGGUUCUGUGUUUUCCUGCGCCUAUCUAGAAGCCCGCCUCCUGCUGAAGGCCCUCUGGUCAGGGAGGGAAGUAGGGAGUUAGUUUUACGAGUUUCGGGGGUGUGGACUGAACUUUCCGAAAUAAAGCGUCUAUGCAGUUUCGCUCACGUCUGCACUGAUGGGCCGUCCAUUAUUUACAAUGCUACUUCGUUAAUUUUUUGGUUUGAUUUUGAUUUAUUUUUACCGAAAUUGGGCAAAGUAAGUAGCAGAAGUGCCUCCCUUCCUUGACGUACUAGUUACGAACUAGUAUGGAGCUCCAAAGAUGUCUUAGUUAGGUAAUGACACGCUUAUAGGACUUUUAUUGCUAAUACUUAUCUUUAUCUUAAUGUUUGCUGUUUUAGCUUCUUUUGUGUUAGCGAAGAUUGUGGAGGAAAUAGGUUACGUGCUGGGCGGAACGCGAUGAUGAAAGAAGAAAAGUGUAACUCUGCACGGAUACAUAGUCUGUACAGAUGCAUAUAUUAACUACUGCACAAGUGAAAAUGUUGUUUCAAUUUAGCUGUGAUACAUGCAGUAAAACCCUCAACGAUGCAUUAUUU